AUGAGAUGCGGCUCACUCUACUACGACGCCCCAUCUACAAGACCCAGGGCCUGUAUCUUCGUCAAGAAGGAGAUAACGGCCCUGAAACUAAACGAAUACUGCACAGCGGAUCUCUCAGCGGUUAAGGUCAAACUUAACCUCGGAGAGAAUACGUCUGAGCUGGUGAUCUGCUCGGCGUACCUCCCAUAUGACUCAGAGGACCCUCCACCCACGAGGGAAUUCAGAGCCCUGAUAGGCCACUGCGCAAAUAACGGUCUGCACCUGGUGAUCGGAUGCGAUGCCAACUCGCACCAUACCGUAUGGGGCAGCACCAAUACCAAUGGCAGAGGCACAGCACUGCUAGAGUACCUCGCUACCACGGGUCUGGAGAUCCUUAACAAAGGCUCCGCCCCCACUUUCGUCACCUCCCGCAGACAGGAGGUAAUCGACCUGACCCUGGGCUCCGCAAAGGUGGCACAGGUUGCCAAACACUGGCAGGUUCGAGAUGAAAGCACACUCUCGGACCACCGCCUAAUUACUUUCAACUUAAAAGGCGACAGGGAAGGCGGCACUGGAGAAGCGUACAGAAACCCAAAGGCCACCAACUGGGCACUCUAUAGAGAGGGCCUGGAAGGGAGGCUUAAGGGGCACUGUCAGCGUCCCAGGACCGUAGGCGAAAUUGAGCAAGCGGUGAAGCACUUAAGCUCCGCCGUUACUCAAGCCUACGAAGCCGCCUGCCCCGCCAAAAUUGUAAGCAGUAGCAAAAGGGUCCCCUGGUGGAACAAGCCAGGAAGGACACCCGAAGACUACUGA